UCCAGUCUGGAGUUGAACAUCGAAGAAAACGGCAGCAAAACCGAAAACUGCUCCUCGAGAACCGUGAACUUAAUAAGGGACUGUGUGAGAGCAGCCAGGAGUCCAAUCAGACACAUACACACACACAAAGACAUUUACACCCAUACACUGACACUGACACGCACACAACCGAAUCGGUGGCCUGUACGAACACACCCUCUCGCACACUCAUGCACUCGUGUACAUAUAGCUUACAUAAAGUCUAAGGAAAAAUCGAUAGGAGUGCAUUAAUAAUUCAGCGAAAACGAAGAGCAUAAGGUCUCGAGCAAAAAUCUUCAAGUAGUGCGAGUUUUCCGCCUCUGCUAACGGUGAAGAAAAGUUCCAGGCCUCGUGAAAAAAUAUGACUAAUCUGCAGUGACGACAUACGCGCCGCUUACACAAUUUCUCUACACCAAUUAAUCGCUGAAAUCAAUUCAAGACGGGCAUUUUACCAUUGGCAAUUGUGAAAAAAUGGUCACCGAAAAUGGAGCACAGGGCGAUGGAAACACUUCCUUCCUGCGUGCCGCUCGCGCCGGAAAUCUGGAGCGAGUGCUCGAGCAUUUGAAGAACAACAUUGACAUUAACACCAGCAAUGCGAAUGGCUUGAAUGCCCUGCACCUGGCCUCCAAGGAUGGCCACAUCCACGUCGUCUCGGAACUCCUUCGUAGGGGCGCGAUUGUGGAUAGUGCCACCAAAAAGGGAAACACUGCCCUCCACAUCGCCUCAUUGGCUGGACAGGAGGAGGUGGUGAAGCUACUGCUGGAGCACAAUGCCUCCGUAAAUGUGCAAUCCCAGAAUGGAUUCACUCCACUCUACAUGGCUGCCCAGGAGAACCACGAUGCUGUGGUGCGUCUCCUUUUGUCCAACGGAGCCAACCAGAGUCUGGCCACCGAGGAUGGCUUCACCCCACUGGCGGUGGCCAUGCAGCAGGGUCAUGACAAAGUCGUUGCUGUCCUCCUCGAGAGUGAUACUCGUGGAAAGGUCAGGCUUCCUGCGCUGCACAUUGCCGCCAAAAAGGACGACGUCAAGGCAGCGACUCUGCUUCUCGAUAAUGACCAUAAUCCGGACGUGACUUCCAAGUCGGGCUUCACCCCGCUGCACAUUGCUUCCCAUUAUGGUAACCAAAACAUCGCCAACCUACUCAUCCAGAAGGGCGCCGAUGUCAACUACUCGGCCAAGCACAACAUCAGUCCGCUGCAUGUGGCUGCUAAGUGGGGUAAGACCAACAUGGUUUCCCUGCUUUUGGAAAAAGGUGGUAACAUCGAGGCAAAGACCCGGGACGGACUUACUCCGCUCCAUUGCGCCGCUCGCUCGGGUCAUGAGCAAGUUGUUGACAUGCUACUCGAACGAGGAGCUCCCAUCUCUGCCAAGACCAAAAAUGGUUUGGCACCCCUCCAUAUGGCCGCCCAGGGUGAGCAUGUUGAUGCCGCCCGCAUCCUCUUGUACCAUCGUGCUCCCGUCGACGAGGUGACAGUGGAUUAUCUCACUGCUCUUCAUGUGGCUGCUCACUGUGGUCAUGUUAGGGUGGCUAAGCUUUUACUAGAUCGGAAUGCUGAUGCCAAUGCAAGGGCUUUGAAUGGAUUCACUCCACUGCACAUUGCCUGCAAGAAGAACCGCUUGAAGGUGGUAGAGUUGCUCUUGCGACAUGGUGCCAGCAUUAGUGCCACGACAGAGAGUGGACUUACUCCGCUCCAUGUGGCCGCCUUUAUGGGUUGCAUGAACAUUGUCAUCUAUCUGCUGCAGCACGAUGCCAGUCCCGAUGUGCCCACUGUGCGCGGAGAAACGCCACUCCAUUUGGCCGCCAGAGCCAACCAGACCGACAUCAUUCGAAUCCUGCUGCGCAAUGGCGCCCAGGUGGACGCUCGUGCCCGAGAGCAACAGACACCGCUGCACAUCGCUUCGCGACUGGGUAAUGUAGACAUCGUGAUGCUUCUGCUGCAACAUGGCGCCCAAGUGGACGCAACCACCAAGGACAUGUACACGGCACUUCACAUCGCUGCCAAGGAGGGCCAGGAUGAGGUGGCCGCUGUACUAAUUGAGAACGGCGCCGCCUUGGAUGCCGCCACCAAGAAGGGAUUCACUCCACUUCACUUGACGGCCAAAUAUGGACACAUUAAGGUUGCCCAGUUGUUGCUCCAAAAGGAGGCAGAUGUGGAUGCGCAGGGCAAGAACGGUGUCACCCCGUUGCAUGUGGCUUGCCACUACAAUAACCAGCAGGUUGCCCUGUUGCUUCUGGAGAAGGGAGCAAGUCCACAUGCCACGGCUAAGAAUGGACAUACCCCGCUCCAUAUUGCCGCAAGGAAGAACCAGAUGGACAUAGCUACUACUCUAUUGGAAUAUGGCGCUUUGGCCAAUGCCGAGAGCAAAGCCGGAUUUACUCCACUCCAUUUGAGCAGCCAGGAGGGUCAUGCCGAGAUCUCCAAUCUGUUGAUCGAGCACAAGGCCGCCGUCAAUCAUCCGGCUAAGAAUGGUCUAACUCCCAUGCAUCUGUGUGCCCAGGAGGAUAAUGUGAAUGUGGCUGAGAUUCUGGAGAAGAACGGCGCCAAUAUCGACAUGGCCACCAAGGCAGGCUACACUCCUUUGCAUGUGGCCUCACAUUUUGGGCAGGCCAACAUGGUGCGUUUCUUGCUGCAGAAUGGCGCCAAUGUGGAUGCGGCCACCUCAAUUGGCUAUACUCCGCUCCAUCAGACCGCCCAGCAGGGUCAUUGUCAUAUUGUGAAUCUCCUGCUGGAGCACAAGGCUAAUGCCAACGCUCAGACGGUCAAUGGACAGACGCCUUUGCACAUUGCCCGCAAACUGGGCUACAUAAGUGUCCUAGACUCGUUGAAAACCAUCACCAAGGAGGACGAAACAGCUGCUGCUCCUUCCCAAGCCGAGGAGAAGUAUCGCGUGGUGGCUCCCGAGGCCAUGCACGAAUCCUUCAUGUCCGACUCCGAGGAAGAGGGCGGCGAAGACAAUAUGCUAUCAGAUCAACCAUACCGCUAUUUGACCGUUGAUGAAAUGAAAUCCCUAGGCGACGACUCGCUGCCCAUCGAUGUGACCCGUGAUGAGCGCAUGGACUCCAACCGGAUGACCCAGAGCGCCGAGUAUGCCUCUGGUGUUCCGCCCACCAUUGGGGAGGAGGUGAUCAGUCCCCACAAGACCCAAGUCUACGGCAGUUCACCCAAGGCCACCGUGGAUGGAGUGUACAUUGCCAAUGGAUCUGGUCACGAUGAGCCGCCGCAUGUGGGUCGCAAGUUAAGCUGGAAGAGCUUCUUGGUGUCCUUCCUGGUGGAUGCCCGUGGAGGAGCAAUGCGCGGCUGUCGGCACAGUGGCGUUCGCAUGAUCAUCCCUUCGAGGUCCACUUGUCAGCCAACCAGGGUAACCUGUCGUUAUGUGAAGCCGCAGCGCACAAUGCAUCCGCCCCAGUUGAUGGAGGGCGAGGCUUUGGCCAGUCGUGUCCUGGAACUGGGUCCUUGCUCCACCAAGUUUAUUGGGCCAGUGGUCAUGGAGGUGCCACACUUUGCAUCGCUGCGUGGCAAGGAGCGCGAGAUCAUAAUACUGCGAUCGGACAAUGGAGAAACAUGGCGGGAGCACACCAUCGAUAACUCCGAGGAGAUCAUACACGAUGUCCUGCAGCAGUGCUUUGAACCAGAGGAGAUUGCCCAACUGGAGGAGCAGGCUGGCAACCAUGUCUGCCGCUUUGUCACCUACGACUUCCCUCAGUACUUUGCCGUCGUAUCGCGCAUACGCCAGGAGGUCCAUGCCAUUGGACCGGAGGGCGGCAUGGUGUCAAGCACCGUGGUGCCACAGGUGCAGGCCGUCUUCCCACAGGGAGCCCUCACCAAGAAGAUCAAAGUUGGCUUACAGGCCCAACCGGUUGAUCCCGAUCUCACGGCGAAGCUUUUGGGUCGCGGCGUGGCCGUAUCCCCAAUUGUUACGGUCGAGCCGCGUCGCCGUAAAUUCCACAAGGCCAUCACCCUCAGCAUGCCCGCCCCCAAGGCUCACAGCCAGGGUAUGAUUAACCAGUACUCGGGCAAUACGCCCACCCUGCGUCUGCUAUGCUCCAUUACAGGCGGACCAUCUCGUGCUCAAUGGGAAGAUGUCACCGGUUCCACGCCCUUGACAUUUGUCAAUGACUGCGUCUCCUUUACGACCACAGUAUCAGCUCGUUUCUGGCUGAUGGAUUGCCGCAACAUUUCGGAUGCCACCAAAAUGGCAACUGAACUGUACAAGGAAGUCAUCCAUGUGCCGUUUAUUGCCAAGUUUGUGGUGUUCGCCAAGAAGGUAGAACCAUUCGAAGCUAAACUCCGAGUCUUUUGCAUGACCGACGAUCGUGAGGACAAAACUCUGGAGAAGCAUGAGCUCUACACAGAAGUGGCCAAGAGCCGCGAUGUCGAGGUCCUCGAAGGCAAGCCGCAGUACAUCGAGAUGGCUGGCAAUUUGGUGCCAGUGACCAAAUCUGGCGACCAGCUCCAGGUGCAAUUCAAGGCCUUCCGAGAGAACCGCCUACCGUUCACAGUACGAGUCAAGGAUCAACAUGCCGACAUUGUUGGACGCACUUUGUUCAUGAAGGAACCAAAGGUAGCCAAGGGCGAGCCACCGCAACAGCCCAUCUGCAUCCUGAACAUCGUUCUUCCGGAAGCUGUAAUUCCCGAUUCCACGACCGCCUUUUCGGACCGCGUCACCUCCGCCUACAGGACCUCAAUGUUCAGCUUGAGCAAGCAUCAAAAUGACCAUUACAUUGGCGACAUCCGCAUCGUCGAUCUAUCCAACCUGUUGGGUAAGGAUUGGAUUCAGCUGGCCCCGGAGAUUGGCAUCAAUGGAGAGGAGAUCGAUGAGAUCAUCAACCAAAACACAGAUAGCAUUGCCAGGCAGGCGCAGAGCAUGAUUCGCCUGUAUAAGGACAAACCUAACUACGAUAUUCUUUCGCUGGAAACUGCUCUCAAAAACAUUGGACGAGACGACAUCAUGAAAAAGUGCAAGAGUGGACGACUAUCGCAUUCGCGUGAAUUCGAUGAGGCGGACCUUAUGAAGAACUCGGAGUCCGUGGAGGAACUGGUUCGCAGGGAAAGCAAGCGAAUCCAGCAAAUUAACGAACGCGAAGAAGUCAAAUACUCUGCCGAGGAGAAGGAGGUCGAGGAAUCGGAGUCUGAUGAAGAAGCUGCCAAGCGAACCGUAGCCGAACGGCGGGAAAAGAUUGUUAAGCGUCUGUCCAUCGAACGAUCAAUUCCAGCCUCCACUCAGAAAAAAGAGAUCACCCGCGAAAUAACCGAAAUCAAGCGUAAGAGUCUAAUCGAGGACAAGAAGGCUCACCAUGAGUCCGAAAUUCUUAUGCAACUGCCUGCGGAUAACGUGAUUAUCAAGACAACAACUGUUCCCGACCAAGUCAUUAAGAUGAAGAUGGGCAAGAUGGACUCAACCGAGGUGAGCAAGAGCGAGUUCGACAAGGAACUUACGCACAAGUUCAAGACAUCAGGGCGUAGCUCAGAGGAGGAAGACCAGCCAUCGUAUCCAGAUCAGACUGACAAGAUUGUCCAGGACAUUAGUGCUGCCGAAAAGAAGGAGAAGGAUGGCGUGACCUUCAGCCGAGUGACGACAAUAACCCGCCAAGAGGCCCGCGACAUUACCGAAGACUUCUUAGAGAUUGAGAAGCGCAGCCAGCUCCCGGCGACUUCCACAACCGCAACAGUUCAUGAGAAGUUCGUUGAGGAGAUCAAGGAGAAGACCAGCCCUCUGGCUUCAGUGCCACAAGAAACAGUCAAGGAGGUGCAACAAGUCAUCAGCGAGGUGACCGAAAUAGCCAGCAAGAAGGUUGAAAACAUUAUUAGCUCCUUUGAGAGUAGCAAGUCUGUGGAUGCUACUACAGUUCUGCCCACACAGCCGUCUGUUGAAUCAACGAAGGUUAGCGAGACCAUUAAGAACCUCGAGGAUGCAAAGGCCGUGUCUGCGGAACAAGUGAAAACUGUCCAUGUCGUUGAGAGCUCUAGUAUCGAGGAGACUAUUGCCGAAUUCGAAGCCAAGAAGGUUAAAUAUGACUUCCAUGGCGGUGAGCCCAAGACACAGAUCCCAAAGUUUACGCGGAAACCAAGCGAUGACUCGAUGAAGCCCACCGCAGCUCCACGUGCUACAGUUGAAUCCGAAACUGAAUCGGUCCUUGAGACUAAGGCCGAAAAACCGAUCUCAAAGAUACCAGUAAAGACAAUACCAACAGAAGCUCAGAAGGUUAGCGAAGUAGAUGCACGUAAGAUUACUCAAGACUUCCUCCAGGGUGAGAAACUGGCGGCCGAACCCAAGCCAUCGCCAGCAGCCAGCAAGAUACCAAAGGUGGAGCCGAGGAAAUCUGUUGAUAAGCAGGUCGAUCGGGAAUCAAAAAUCUUGGAUGAUGUUGUGGCCUCUACGGCCACCAUUAUGACCGCCGGACUGGGCGAUGAGCAGCUCAAAGAUCAACUCGUCGAUCACUCAGAAAUUAUCGCCAAGUCCGAAACAGUCGCCGAAAAGGUAACCGAACUGCUUGACACAUUCCACAAGAUCGAGGAGAAGGUCACCAAAUCUGAAAAGACCUCGGAAAUAUCGAGCAAAGUGGAGGAACUGGUUAAAAUCGAGGAAAAACCUCUCUCACAAGUUCAACCCAAGGAGGACAAGGUGGCGGAAAAGGUUGCUGAAGUUAUCGAAACAUUCCACAAAAUCGAGGAGAAGAUCACCACUGCCGAUGCCCGCGAGCUAACUCGUGAUUUCCUGAGCAUGGAGCAACAAAACCAAUUGCCGAGCAUGCCACAAGCUGCUGAGAAGCCCCUUGAAUCUAGCUUGACAUCCACCAGUGCUUCGGAACCAGAAUCAAUAGUCACAGUGAAGCCAUCACCCCCAGCGAGUAAGAUACCUGUAGUGGAACCCAGGAAAAUCGUUUUCGACGAAUCUACAAAGCCUCUGAUCGAGCCUGAGCCAGUGAAGACCACUGAAAAGAAGCCUCUUAAUGAGCGACAACUAACCGCUGAUUUCUUGAGCAUGGAGCAACAAACCCAGCUGGUCUCUGAGCCUGCCAAAUCGUUGGUGGAAGAGGUGAUGAAGUCCGCCGAACAAAUGGUGGAGCAACCGAAACAGCAAAAAUCCCUGAAUGAGCGACAACUUACAGAGGACUUUCUGCUUAUGGAACAGCAGACACAACUGCCUUCAGACAUUGUUAAGCCAACGGAUAAGCUGAUCGAUGGUAUUGAGUCCGCAGCGCCGGUUGGAGAUGAAGCAUCACCGUUCCACACGCCCAAGCUGACCACUAGUGUGGUGACCCAGGAGCCACAGCAACUGGCGAGUGAAUAUGACAGUGACACUUUCGGCAAACAGGCCACCAUACCGUUAGGAGACUCAAAGAUUGAUCAGGGACUCAUUGCACCAGUAUCCAUGGAACCACGAAAGUCACUGACCGAUGCCGAGUUCUGCAAAUCGGUGGGCGAAACAAUCACCAAGAAGAUGAGUGUGGGAGUUAUUGAAAUAAGUGAUGAGCUCAAGAAAAUUGAGAGCGAAAUUCCACAUUCCCAGACUCCUCCGCCAACACCGAGUGACAACAAAACCGACAAGCAGAACGAAGAGCCAGAACUGAUCAGCUUGGAACGUGAUUACCUGGCCGACACUGUGACCACCCUUCACACAACUACAGAGUCGACCCUCGAACGCGUUUCUGCCAUUACUAAAAUUGAGCACUUCAGUGUUCAUAAUGUAAAAUCCGAAACCUUUACAAGAACAGAUGAACCUGAUAAGCUGCUCCAUAGUGUGGUAGCUCCCCCCGAUAUUCAGAAAUUGUACUCACAAGACACUACCUCAUUUACAGAAAUGAGUACAAGUAGUCAAACACCGAAGAUGACAACAACGACGACCAUGACAGCACAAAUAGAUCGCACCAAAGUAGAUUUGACUAUUCCUGGGCAAGAUCAGCAAAAACAGAAGGAUCUGAAGGAGCAGUCCGCAGUAGUUGUAGAUGCAAAAGCAGAGACAGAGAAGACUGCCAGUGAUAGGGAGUAUUUAGAACAAAUUAUGGGCUGUGGUGAUGUCAGACGCAAGAUCAUGCGUUUGGAGAGCAGUUGCAGCACAGAAUCAUUGGAGUCAGUGGGCAAGUCAUCCACUGUAACACCCAAAUAUAUAGGCGACAAUGUGCCAGUGGUGCGAGAGGUGGUGCAGAGUAUGGAGGAUAAGAUCUGCAGUACAGUGGUGUCGGCCAUUCCGUUUACCGUGCAAAAACGCAAGCCCCAUGAUGAUGACAAGGAACCCAAUAUAGUAGAACUAGAAAAGCAAAUACUUACGCCAGCAGAUUUGGCCCUGGAAAAGAUAUUCAAAUGUGAACCACCCUCUGAGGUUGUAAAAAUUUCACCCAUCGAGGCCAUGUCUCUUGGCCUUAAAGAGAUUGAUGAAGAGGUUUGUGAAAAAGUUUGUGAGAAGCGCAAGUCCUUUGUGGUAGCUGAAGACUUAUGUGAAACGGAAAAGACUUUAACUGAACAGGUAAUAGAUUUAAAUAGGCAAGUAGACCAGGUACCUGCAAGGGUUUUUACUGAGACUAUUGAAAGGCAUUUAGACUUAGAAGAUAGGGAUGUCAUUGAGGCGUUACCAAAGGUUAGAGAAGUUGUCCAGGACAUUGAACGUAAAUAUCCUGCGGCUAGCUUAGAGGCCAAACCUUUCAGUCCACGCAAGCGCGUAACCCCAGACCGUAAAGUUGAUGUUUCGUCCUUAGAGCAGCAGAUUUUAACCGACGCCGAUCUGAUUUUAGAUGGUUUGGGCUCUAAGUGCGUACCAGAACAAAAGGUACAGUCGCCCAUUUUUUCCUCGAACAAGGCAAGCAGUAGUACGGAAAAUCUAGAAGACAUAUGCGAAAAGAAAUGCUCAAAGCGCACAAUCUCAGAUAUGACAAAGGUCUUUGAAAGGCAAGAAGACCCAACAACUAUGCCAUCUAUUAAAGAUGUAAAGUCGACAACUGCCAAAUUCCUAGAGUCCGAGUCAGGGAAGUUCGCUAUUACAGAAAGUAUUCAGCAUUUUAAUGCUAAGGGUAGUAUAAAUAAAGAAGUAGCUGGGAUUGAAAAAGGUCAAAUUAGAUUUUUAAAAGAUUGUGAUACACAAGAAUUUCCAAUAGAAACGAAUUUGGAUACAAAAUUGGUAGAAUUUCCAAAAAUUACGCACACCCUCGAACGAUUACAUUCCAUUUCGAAGACUGACAUUGCUGAUACAAAGAAAGUAGUCCACGAAUCUAGUGAAUUUAAAUCAAAAUUAGAUAAACUCGUGCACAAGACAGAACAAACAGAUAACCAAAAUCCUGACAAAUUUAAGUUUCCCACUCAGGAUAAUUUCGAUGAGCUUCAGACACAAAAGAGCUUGACCUCUGAACUUGUUACAAUGACUGAUAGCUCAGAGUAUAAAUUUCCACCUGAAGGAAAAUCUAUUUUAGGAAAGGAACCAAUCGAAAGCGAAAGCGACGAGGAACUGGACAAUUUAAACAAAAUAUGCAAGCUUCAGCUCUUAUCAAAAAUUGAACAGUCAUCUUUUAUUGAUACAACAGAGAUCGCCAAUACUGAAAAAAGAGAAAUAACCAAAUUUCCAACGACAAACGAUAGUCAUAGUGAUCUGUUUAGCAAAUCGCGAGCUACACUCAAAACACAAUCCGGGGAAAAAACACACUGCACUCACUUCACUGAAACUAUAUCUGACAAAAACUACAACUCGUUUAGCGACACGUCUUUUUUGCUAAAUUCUGUAACAGCUAGUGCAGAUAAGUCUCCACUCCAUCCAGAAGAAAAAACAAAGUCGCCUGAGAAGAAAGACGAAAAGGUCCUAGCUCAGCCAGACGACAAUUUCAAGUCAGUCAUUGAAACUGAUAAGCCCAGUCCUAAGGAAUAUUCAGACGAAAUAGAAAUUCCCAAGCCACUAGACAAACCUAUUAGCCACCCAACUUCUUUGGUAACUGGUGUUACAUUUGGUGGGGAUAAAUCUCCUCUCCAUCCUGAGGAAAAACCAAAGUCGCCAGUGAAGAUAGACGAAGAGGUCCUAGCUAAACCAGGCGGCAGUUCCAAGUCGGUCGUUGAGACCGAUAAGCCCAGUCCUAAAGAAUAUUCGGACGAUGAAACUGAGGACGAAAUAGAUUUUCCCAAGCCACAAGACAAGCCUUUUAAGGAAGCAACGCCAUCAGUGACACCCGUCAGUACUAUCCCUGACGUUAAGGCUAUAGAUUUUGUUUCCUUCAAGGCAGAAGAAUGUUCAACAACAAUUCAAACAAAUAUUAAGUUAGCAAGCACUAGUUUAACAACAAAGGAUACCAAGAUAGUUCAGCCGAUUGAUUCGCUUUCAAAUUUGAAAGACGAUAAGUUCCCAACCUCAGUAGGAGACAAAGCCAAGUCACCAAGAGAGUCAGUAAAGCCUAAUUUAAAAGAGUAUUCGGACAAGGAAGAGAAGCCUGAUAGUCACCCAGUAUCUUUGGUAACUUCUGUAACGGGUAGUGGGGAUAAAUCUCCUCUCCAUCCUGAGGAAAAACCAAAGUCGCCUGAGAAGAAAGACGAAAAGAUCCUAGCUAAACCAGACGACAGUUCCAAAUCGGUUGUUAAGACUGAUAAGCCCAGUCCUAAAGAAUAUUCAGACGAUGAAAUUGAGGACGAAAUAGAAAUUCCCAAGCCACUAGACAAACCUAUUAGCCACCCAACUUCUUUGGUAACUUCUGUAACGGGUAGUGGGGAUAAAUCUCCUCUCCAUCCUGAGGAAAAACCAAAGUCGCCUGAGAAGAAAGACGAAAAGGUCCUAGCUAAGCCAGACGACAGUUCCAAAUCGGUUGUUAAGACUGACAAGCCCAGUCCUAAAGAAUAUUCGGACGAUGAAACUGAGGACGAAAUAGAAAUUCCCAAGCCACUAGACAAACCUAUUAGCCACCCAACUUCUUUGGUAACUGGUGUUACAUUUGGUGGGGAUAAAUCUCCUCUCCAUCCUGAGGAAAAACUAAAGUCGCCUGAGAAGAAAGACGAAAAGGUCCUAGCUAAGCCAGACGACAGUUCCAAAUCGGUUGUUAAGACUGACAAGCCCAGUCCUAAAGAAUAUUCGGACGAUGAAACUGAGGACGAAAUAGAAAUUCCCAAGCCACUAGACAAACCCAUUAGCCACCCAACUUCUUUGGUAACUGGUGUUACAUUUGGUGGGGAUAAAUCUCCUCUCCAUCCUGAGGAAAAACUAAAGUCGCCUGAGAAGAAAGACGAAAAGGUCCUAGCUAAGCCAGACGACAGUUCCAAAUCGGUUGUUAAGACUGACAAGCCCAGUCCUAAAGAAUAUUCGGACGAUGAAACUGAGGACGAAAUAGAAAUUCCCAAGCCACUAGACAAACCCAUUAGCCACCCAACUUCUUUGGUAACUGGUGUUACAUUUGGUGGGGAUAAAUCUCCUCUCCAUCCUGAGGAAAAACCAAAGUCGCCUGAGAAGAAAGACGAAAAGGUCUUAGCUAAACCAGACGGCAGUUCCAAAUCGGUUGUUAAGACUGACAAGCCCAGUCCUAAAGAAUAUUCAGACGAUGAAACUGAGGACGAAAUAGAAAUUCCCAAGCCACUAGACAAACCCAUUAGCCACCCAACUUCUUUGGUAACUGGUGUUACAUUUGGUGGGGAUGGAUCUCCUCUCCAUCGCGAGGAAAAACCAAAGUCGCCUGAGAAGAAAGACGAAAAGGUCCUAGCUAAGCCAGACGACAGUUCCAAAUCGGUUGUUAAGACUGACAAGCCCAGUCCUAAAGAAUAUUCAGACGAUGAAACUGAGGACGAAAUAGAAAUUCCCAAGCCACUAGACAAACCUAUUAGCCACCCAACUUCUUUGGUAACUGGUGUUACAUAUGGUGGGGAUGGAUCUCCUCUCCAUCCUGAGGAAAAACCAAAGUCGCCUGAGAAGAAAGACGAAAAGGUCCUAGCUAAGUCAGACGACAGUUCCAAAUCGGUUGUUAAGACUGACAAGCCCAGUCCUAAAGAAUAUUCAGACGAUGAAACUGAGGACGAAAUAGAAAUUCCCAAGCCACUAGACAAACCUAUUAGCCACCCAACUUCUUUGGUAACUGGUGUUACAUUUGGUGGGGAUGGAUCUCCUCUCCAUCCUGAGGAAAAACCAAAGUCGCCUGAGAAGAAAGACGAAAAGGUCCUAGCUAAACCAGACGGCAGUUCCAAGUCGGUCGUUGAGACCGAUAAGCCCAGUCCUAAAGAAUAUUCAGACGAUGAAACUGAGGACGAAAUAGAAAUUCCCAAGCCACUAGACAAACCUAUUAGCCACCCAACUUCUUUGGUAACUGGUGUUACAUUUGGUGGGGAUGGAUCUCCUCUCCAUCCUGAGGAAAAACCAAAGUCGCCUGAGAAGAAAGACGAAAAGGUCCUAGCUAAGCCAGACGACAGUUCCAAAUCGGUUGUUAAGACUGACAAGCCCAGUCCUAAAGAAUAUUCGGACGAUGAAACUGAGGACGAAAUAGAAAUUCCCAAGCCACUAGACAAACCUAUUAGCCACCCAACUUCUUUGGUAACUGGUGUUACAUUUGGUGGGGAUAAAUCUCCUCUCCAUCCUGAGGAAAAACUAAAGUCGCCUGAGAAGAAAGACGAAAAGGUCCUAGCUAAGCCAGACGACAGUUCCAAAUCGGUUGUUAAGACUGACAAGCCCAGUCCUAAAGAAUAUUCGGACGAUGAAACUGAGGACGAAAUAGAAAUUCCCAAGCCACUAGACAAACCCAUUAGCCACCCAACUUCUUUGGUAACUGGUGUUACAUUUGGUGGGGAUAAAUCUCCUCUCCAUCCUGAGGAAAAACCAAAGUCGCCUGAGAAGAAAGACGAAAAGGUCCUAGCUAAACCAGACGGCAGUUCCAAGUCGGUCGUUGAGACCGAUAAGCCCAGUCCUAAAGAAUAUUCAGACGAUGAAACUGAGGACGAAAUAGAAAUUCCCAAGCCACUAGACAAACCUAUUAGCCAUCCAACUUCUUUGGUAACUGGUGUUACAUUUGGUGGGGAUGGAUCUCCUCUCCAUCCUGAGGAAAAACCAAAGUCGCCUGAGAAGAAAGACGAAAAGGUCCUAGCUAAGCCAGACGACAGUUCCAAAUCGGUUGUUAAGACUGACAAGCCCAGUCCUAAAGAAUAUUCAGACGAUGAAACUGAGGACGAAAUAGAAAUUCCCAAGCCACUAGACAAACCUAUUAGCCACCCAACUUCUUUGGUAACUGGUGUUACAUUUGGUGGGGAUGGAUCUCCUCUCCAUCCUGAGGAAAAACCAAAGUCGCCUGAGAAGAAAGACGAAAAGGUCCUAGCUAAGCCAGACGACAGUUCCAAAUCGGUUGUUAAGACUGACAAGCCCAGUCCUAAAGAAUAUUCAGACGAUGAAACUGAGGACGAAAUAGAAAUUCCCAAGCCACUAGACAAACCUAUUAGCCACCCAACUUCUUUGGUAACUGGUGUUACAUUUGGUGGGGAUAAAUCUCCUCUCCAUCCUGAGGAAAAACCAAAGUCGCCUGAGAAGAAAGACGAAAAGGUCCUAGCUAAACCAGACGGCAGUUCCAAGUCGGUCGUUGAGACCGAUAAGCCCAGUCCUAAAGAAUAUUCAGACGAUGAAACUGAGGACGAAAUAGAAAUUCCCAAGCCACUAGACAAACCUAUUAGCCACCCAACUUCUUUGGUAACUGGUGUUACAUUUGGUGGGGAUGGAUCUCCUCUCCAUCCUGAGGAAAAACCAAAGUCGCCUGAGAAGAAAGACGAAAAGGUCCUAGCUAAACCAGGCGGCAGUUCCAAGUCGGUCGUUGAGACCGAUAAGCCCAGUCCUAAAGAAUAUUCGGACGAUGAAACUGAGGACGAAAUAGAAAUUCCCAAGCCACUAGACAAACCUAUUAGCCACCCAACUUCUUUGGUAACUGGUGUUACAUUUGGUGUGGAUAAAUCUCCUCUCCAUCCUGAGGAAAAACCAAACUCGCCUGAGAAGAAAGACGAAAAGGUCCUAGCUAAACCAGACGACAGUUCCAAGUCGGUCGUUAAGACUGAUAAGCCCAUUCCUAAAGAAUAUUCGGACGAUGAAACUGAGGACGAAAUAGAAAUUCCCAAGCCACUAGACAAACCUAUUAGCCACCCAACUUCUUUGGUAACUGGUGUUACAUUUGGUGGGGAUGGAUCUCCUCUCCAUCCUGAGGAAAAACCAAAGUCGCCUGAGAAGAAAGACGAAAAGGUCCUAGCUAAGCCAGACGACAGUUCCAAAUCGGUUGUUAAGACUGACAAGCCCAGUCCUAAAGAAUAUUCAGACGAUGAAACUGAGGACGAAAUAGAAAUUCCCAAGCCACUAGACAAACCUAUUAGCCACCCAACUUCUUUGGUAACUGGUGUUACAUUUGGUGGGGAUGGAUCUCCUCUCCAUCCUGAGGAAAAACCAAAGUCGCCUGAGAAGAAAGACGAAAAGGUCCUAGCUAAACCAGACGGCAGUUCCAAGUCGGUCGUUGAGACCGAUAAGCCCAGUCCUAAAGAAUAUUCAGACGAUGAAACUGAGGACGAAAUAGAAAUUCCCAAGCCACUAGACAAACCUAUUAGCCACCCAACUUCUUUGGUAACUGGUGUUACAUUUGGUGGGGAUGGAUCUCCUCUCCAUCCUGAGGAAAAACCAAAGUCGCCAGAGAAGAAAGACGAAAAGGUCCUAGCUAAACCAGACGGCAGUUCCAAGUCGGUCGUUGAGACCGAUAAGCCCAGUCCUAAAGAAUAUUCAGACGAUGAAACUGAGGACGAAAUAGAAAUUCCCAAGCCACUAGACAAACCUAUUAGCCACCCAACUUCUUUGGUAACUGGUGUUACAUUUGGUGGGGAUGGAUCUCCUCUCCAUCCUGAGGAAAAACCAAAGUCGCCUGAGAAGAAAGACGAAAAGGUCCUAGCUAAACCAGGCGGCAGUUCCAAGUCGGUCGUUGAGACCGAUAAGCCCAGUCCUAAAGAAUAUUCGGACGAUGAAACUGAGGACGAAAUAGAUUUUCCCAAGCCACAAGACAAGCCUUUUAAGGAAGCAACGCCAUCAGUGACACCCGUCAGUACUAUCCCUGACGUUAAGGCUAUAGAUUUUGUUUCCUUCAAGGCAGAAGAAUGUUCAACAACAAUUCAAACAAAUAUUAAGUUAGCAAGCACUAGUUUAACAACAAAGGAUACCAAGAUAGUUCAGCCGAUUGAUUCGCUUUCAAAUUUGAAAGACGAUAAGUUCCCAACCUCAGUAGGAGACAAAGCCAAGUCACCAAGAGAGUCAGUAAAGCCUAAUUUAAAAGAGUAUUCGGACAAGGAAGAGAAGCCUGAUAGUCACCCAGUAUCUUUGGUAACUUCUGUAACGGGUAGUGGGGAUAAAUCUCCUCUCCAUCCUGAGGAAAAACCAAAGUCGCCUGAGAAGAAAGACGAAAAGGUCCUAGCUAAACCAGACGACAGUUCCAAGUCGGUCGUUGAAACUGAUAAGCCCAGUCCUAAAGAAUAUUCGGACGAUGAAACUGAUGACGAAAUAGAAAUUCCCAAGCCACUAGACAAACCUAUUAGCCACCCAACUUCUUUGGUAACUGGUGUUACAUUUGGUGGGGAUAAAUCUCCUCUCCAUCCUGAGGAAAAACCAAAGUUGCCUGAGAAGAAAGACGAAAAGGUCCUAGCUAAACCAGACGACAGUUCCAAGUCGGUCGUUAAGACUGAUAAGCCCAUUCCUAAAGAAUAUUCGGACGAUGAAACUGAUGACGAAAUAGAUUUUCCCAAGCCACUAGACAAACCUAUUAGCCACCCAACUUCUUUAGUAACUGGUGUUACAUUUGGUGUGGAUAAAUCUCCUCUCCAUCCUGAGGAAAAACCAAAGUUGCCUGAGAAGAAAGACGAAAAGGUCCUAGCUAAACCAGACGACAGUUCCAAAUCGGUUGUUAAGACUGAUAAGCCCAUUCCUAAAGAAUAUUCGGACGAUGAAACUGAUGACGAAAUAGAAAUUCCCAAGCCACUAGACAAACCUAUUAGCCACCCAACUUCUUUGGUAACUGGUGUUACAUUUGGUGUGGAUAAAUCUCCUCUCCAUCCUGAGGAAAAACCAAACUCGCCCGAGAAGAAAGACGAAAAGGUCCUAGCUAAACCAGACGACAGUUCCAAGUCGGUCGUUAAGACUGAUAAGCCCAUUCCUAAAGAAUAUUCGGACGAUGAAACUGAUGACGAAAUAGAAAUUCCCAAGCCACUAGACAAACCUAUUAGCCACCCAACUUCUUUGGUAACUGGUGUUACAUUUGGUGGGGAUGGAUCUCCUCUCCAUCCUGAGGAAAAACCAAAGUCGCCUGAGAAGAAAGACGAAAAGGUCCUAGCUAAGCCAGACGACAGUUCCAAAUCGGUUGUUAAGACUGACAAGCCCAGUCCUAAAGAAUAUUCAGACGAUGAAACUGAGGACGAAAUAGAAAUUCCCAAGCCACUAGACAAACCUAUUAGCCACCCAACUUCUUUGGUAACUGGUGUUACAUUUGGUGGGGAUGGAUCUCCUCUCCAUCCUGAGGAAAAACCAAAGUCGCCUGAGAAGAAAGACGAAAAGGUCCUAGCUAAGCCAGACGACAGUUCCAAAUCGGUUGUUAAGACUGACAAGCCCAGUCCUAAAGAAUAUUCAGACGAUGAAACUGAGGACGAAAUAGAAAUUCCCAAGCCACUAGACAAACCUAUUAGCCACCCAACUUCUUUGGUAACUGGUGUUACAUUUGGUGGGGAUGGAUCUCCUCUCCAUCCUGAGGAAAAACCAAAGUCGCCAGUGAAGAUAGAAGAAGAGGUCCUAGCUAAACCAGACGACAGUUCCAAAUCGGUCGUUGAGACUGAUAAGCUCAGUCCUAAAGAAUAUUCAGACGAUGAAACUGAGGACGAAAUAGAAAUUCCCAAGCCACUAGACAAACCUUUUAAGGAAGCAAUGCCAUCAGUGACACCCGUCAGUACUAUCCCUGACGUUAGGGCAAUAGAUGUUGUUUCCUUCAAGGCAGAAGAAUGUUCAACAACAAUUCAAACAAAUAUUAAGUUAGCAAGCACUAGCAUAACAACAAAAGAUACCAAGAUCGUUAAGCCGAUUGAUUCGCUUUCAAACUUGAAAGACGAUAAGUUCCCAACCUCAGUAGGAGACAAAGCCCAGUCACCAAGAGAGUCAGUAAAGCCUAAUUUAAAAGAGUAUUCGGACAAGGAAGAGAAGCCUGAUAGUCACCCAGUAUCUUUGGUAACUUCUGUAAUGGGUAGUGGGGAUAAAUCUCCACUCCAUCCUGAGGAAAAACCAAAGUCGCCUGAGAAGAAAGACGAAAAGGUCCUAGCUAAGCCAGACGACAGUUCCAAAUCGGUUGUUAAGACUGAUAAGCCCAGUCCUAAAGAAUAUUCAGACGAUGAAACUGAUGACGAAAUAGAUUUUCCCAAGCCACUAGACAAACCUAUUAGCCACCCAACUUCUUUAGUAACUGGUGUUACAUUUGGUGUGGAUAAAUCUCCUCUCCAUCCUGAGGAAAAACCAAAGUUGCCUGAGAAGAAAGACGAAAAGGUCCUAGCUAAACCAGACGACAGUUCCAAAUCGGUUGUUAAGACUGAUAAGCCCAUUCCUAAAGAAUAUUCGGACGAUGAAACUGAUGACGAAAUAGAUUUUCCCAAGCCACUAGACAAACCUAUUAGCCACCCAACUUCUUUAGUAACUGGUGUUACAUUUGGUAUGGAUAAAUCUCCUCUCCAUCCUGAGGAAAAACCAAACUCGCCUGAGAAGAAAGACGAAAAGAUCCUAGCUAAACCAGACGACAGUUCCAAGUGGGUCGUUAAGACUGAUAAGCCCAUUCCUAAAGAAUAUUCGGACGAUGAAACUGAUGACGAAAUAGAAAUUCCCAAGCCACUAGACAAACCUAUUAGCCACCCAACUUCUUUGGUAACUUCUGUAACGGGUAGUGGGGAUAAAUCUUCUCUCCAUCCCGAGGAAAAACCAAAGUCGCCUGAGAAGAAAGACGAAAAGGUCCUACCUAAACCAGACGACAGUUCCAAGUCGGUCGUUAAGACUGAUAAGCCCAUUCCUAAAGAAUAUUCGGACGAUGAAACUGAUGACGAAAUAGAUUUUCCCAAGCCACUAGACAAACCUAUUAGCCACCCAACUUCUUUAGUAACUGGUGUUACAUUUGGUAUGGAUAAAUCUCCUCUCCAUCCUGAGGAAAAACCAAACUCGCCUGAGAAGAAAGACGAAAAGGUCCUAGCUAAACCAGACGACAGUUCCAAGUGGGUCGUUAAGACUGAUAAGCCCAUUCCUAAAGAAUAUUCGGACGAUGAAACUGAUGACGAAAUAGAAAUUCCCAAGCCACUAGACAAACCUAUUAGCCACCCAACUUCUUUAGUAACUGGUGUUACAUUUGGUAUGGAUAAAUCUCCUCUCCAUCCUGAGGAAAAACCAAACUCGCCUGAGAAGAAAGACGAAAAGGUCCUAGCUAAACCAGACGACAGUUCCAAGUGGGUCGUUAAGACUGAUAAGCCCAUUCCUAAAGAAUAUUCGGACGAUGAAACUGAGGACGAAAUAGAAAUUCCCAAGCCACUAGACAAACCUAUUAGCCACCCAACUUCUUUGGUAACUUCUGUAACGGGUAGUGGGGAUAAAUCUUCUCUCCAUCCUGAGGAAAAACCAAAGUCGCCAGUGAAGACAGAAGAAAAGGUCCUAGCUAAACCAGACGACAUUUCCAAGUCGGUCGUUGAGACCGAUAAGCCCAGUCCUAAAGAAUAUUCGGACGAUGAAACUGAGGACGAAAUAGAAAUUCCCAAGCCACUAGACAAACCUAUUAGCCACCCAACUUCUUUGGUAACUGGUGUUACAUUUGGUGUGGAUAAAUCUCCUCUCAAUCCUGAGGAAAAACCAAACUCGCCUGAGAAGAAAGACGAAAAGGUCCUAGCUAAACCAGACGACAUUUCCAAGUCGGUCGUUAAGACUGAUAAGCCCAUUCCUAAAGAAUAUUCGGACGAUGAAACUGAUGACGAAAUAGAAAUUCCCAAGCCACUAGACAAACCUAUUAGCCAGCCAACUUCUUUAGUAACUGGUGCUACAUUUGGUGGGGAUGGAUCUCCUCUCCAUCCUGAGGAAAAACCAAAGUCGCCUGAGAAGAAAGACGAAAAGGUCCUAGCUAAACCAGACGGCAGUUCCAAGUCGGUCGUUGAGACCGAUAAGCCCAGUCCUAAAGAAUAUUCGGACGAUGAAACUGAGGACGAAAUAGAAAUUCCCAAGCCACUAGACAAACCUAUUAGCCACCCAACUUCUUUAGUAACUGGUGUUACAUUUGGUAUGGAUAAAUCUCCUCUCCAUCCUGAGGAAAAACCAAACUCGCCUGAGAAGAAAGACGAAAAGGUCCUAGCUAAACCAGACGACAGUUCCAAGUGGGUCGUUAAGACUGAUAAGCCCAUUCCUAAAGAAUAUUCGGACGAUGAAACUGAGGACGAAAUAGAAAUUCCCAAGCCACUAGACAAACCUAUUAGCCACCCAACUUCUUUGGUAACUUCUGUAACGGGUAGUGGGGAUAAAUCUUCUCUCCAUCCCGAGGAAAAACCAAAGUCGCCUGAGAAGAAAGACGAAAAGGUCCUACCUAAGCCAGACGACAGUUCCAAGUCGGUCGUUAAGACUGAUAAGCCCAUUCCUAAAGAAUAUUCGGACGAUGAAACUGAGGACGAAAUAGAAAUUCCCAAGCCACUAGACAAACCUAUUAGCCACCCAACUUCUUUGGUAACUGGUGUUACAUUUGGUGUGGAUAAAUCUCCUCUCAAUCCUGAGGAAAAACCAAACUCGCCUGAGAAGAAAGACGAAAAGGUCCUAGCUAAACCAGACGACAUUUCCAAGUCGGUCGUUAAGACUGAUAAGCCCAUUCCUAAAGAAUAUUCGGACGAUGAAACUGAUGACGAAAUAGAAAUUCCCAAGCCACUAGACAAACCUAUUUGCCAGCCAACUUCUUUAGUAACUGGUGCUACAUUUGGUGGGGAUGGAUCUCCUCUCCAUCCUGAGGAAAAACCAAAGUCGCCUGAGAAGAAAGACGAAAAGGUCCUAGCUAAACCAGACGGCAGUUCCAAGUCGGUCGUUGAGACCGAUAAGCCCAGUCCUAAAGAAUAUUCGGACGAUGAAACUGAGGACAAAAUAGAUUUUCCCAAGCCACAAGACAAGCCUUUUAAGGAAGCAACGCCAUCAGUGACACCCGUCAGUACUAUCCCUGACGUUAAGGCUAUAGAUUUUGUUUCCUUCAAGGCAGAAGAAUGUUCAACAACAAUUCAAACAAAUAUUAAGUUAGCAAGCACUAGUAUAACAACAAAGGAUACCAAGAUAGUUCAGCCGAUUGAUUCGCUUUCAAAUUUGAAAGACGAUAAGUUCCCAACCUCAGUAGGAGACAAAGCCAAGUCACCAAGAGAGUCAGUAAAGCCUAAUUUAAAAGAGUAUUCGGACAAGGAAGAGAAGCCUGAUAGUCACCCAGUAUCUUUGGUAACUUCUGUAAUGGGUAGUGGGGAUAAAUCUCCUCUCCAUCCUGAGGAAAAACCAAAGUCGCCUGAGAAGAAAGACGAAAAGGUCCUACCUAAACCAGACGACAGUUCCAAGUCGGUCGUUGAAACUGAUAAGCCCAGUCCUAAAGAAUAUUCGGACGAUGAAACUGAUGACGAAAUAGAUAUUCCCAAGGCACUAGACAAACCUAUUAGUCACCCAGUAUCUUUGGUAACUUCUGUAAUGGGUAGUGGGGAUAAAUCUCCUCUCCAUCCUGAGGAAAAACCAAAGUCGCCUGAGAAGAAAGACGAAAAGGUCCUACCUAAACCAGACGACAGUUCCAAGUCGGUCGUUGAGACUGAUAAGCCCAUUCCUAAAGAAUAUUCGGACGAUGAAACUGAUGACGAAAUAGAAAUUCCCAAGCCACUAGACAAACCUAUUAGCCACCCAACUUCUUUGGUAACUGGUGUUACAUUUGGUGUGGAUAAAUCUCCUCUCCAUCCUGAGGAAAAACCAAAGUCGCCUGAGAAGAAAGACGAAAAGGUCCUAGCUAAACCAGACGACAGUUCCAAGUCGGUCGUUAAGACUGAUAAGCCCAUUCCUAAAGAAUAUUCGGACGAUGAAAAUGAUGACGAAAUAGAUUUUCCCAAGCCACUAGACAAACCUAUUAGUCACCCAGUAUCUUUGGUAACUUCUGUAAUGGGUAGUGGGGAUAAAUCUCCUCUCCAUCCUGAGGAAAAACCAAAGUCGCCUGAGAAGAAAGACGAAAAGGUCCUACCUAAACCAGACGACAGUUCCAAGUCGGUCGUUGAGACUGAUAAGCCCAUUCCUAAAGAAUAUUCGGACGAUGAAAAUGAUGACGAAAUAGAUUUUCCCAAGGCACUAGACAAACCUAUUAGUCACACAACUUCUUUGGUAACUUCUGUAACGGGUGGUGGGGAUAAAUCUUCUCUCCAUCCCGAGGAAAAACCAAAGUCGCCUGAGAAGAAAGACGAAAAGGUCCUACCUAAACCAGACGACAGUUCCAAGUCGGUCGUUGAAACUGAUAAGCCCAGUCCUAAAGAAUAUUCGGACGAUGAAACUGAUGACGAAAUAGAAAUUCCCAAGCCACUAGACAAACCUAUUAGCCACCCAACUUCUUUGGUAACUGGUGUUACAUUUGGUGUGGAUAAAUCUCCUCUCCAUCCUGAGGAAAAACCAAAGUCGCCUGAGAAGAAAGACGAAAAGGUCCUAGCUAAACCAGACGACAGUUCCAAGUCGGUCGUUAAGACUGAUAAGCCCAUUCCUAAAGAAUAUUCGGACGAUGAAAAUGAUGACGAAAUAGAUUUUCCCAAGCCACUAGACAAACCUAUUAGCCACCCAACUUCUUUGGUAACUGGUGUUACAUUUGGUGGGGAUAAAUCUUCUCUCCAUCCCGAGGAAAAACCAAAGUCGCCUGAGAAGAAAGACGAAAAGGUCCUACCUAAACCAGACGACAGUUCCAAGUCGGUCGUUGAAACUGAUAAGCCCAGUCCUAAAGAAUAUUCGGGCGAUGAAACUGAUGACGAAAUAGAAAUUCCCAAGCCACUAGACAAACCUAUUAGCCACCCAACUUCUUUGGUAACUGGUGUUACAUUUGGUGUGGAUAAAUCUCCUCUCCAUCCUGAGGAAAAACCAAAGUCGCCUGAGAAGAAAGACGAAAAGGUCCUAGCUAAACCAGACGACAGUUCCAAGUCGGUCGUUAAGACUGAUAAGCCCAUUCCUAAAGAAUAUUCGGACGAUGAAAAUGAUGACGAAAUAGAUUCUCCCAAGCCACUAGACAAACCUAUUAGCCACCCAACUUCUUUGGUAACUGGUGCUACAUUUGGUGGGGAUAAAUCUCCUCUCCAUCCUGAGGAAAAACCAAAGUCGCCUGAGAAAAAAGACGAAAAGGUCCUAGCUAAACCAGACGACAGUUCCAAAUCGGUUGUUAAGACGGAUAAGCCCAGUUCUAAAGAAUAUUCAGACGAUGAAACUGAGGACGAAAUAGUAAUUCCCAAGCCACUAGACAAACCUAUUAGCCACCCAACUUCUUUGGUAACUGGUGCUACAUUUGGUGGGGAUAAAUCUCCUCUCCAUCCUGAGGAGAAACCAAAGUCGCCUGAGAAAAAAGACGAAAAGGUCCUAGCUAAACCAGACGACAGUUCCAAAUCGGUUGUUAAGACGGAUAAGCCCAGUUCUAAAGAAUAUUCAGACGAUGAAACUGAGGACGAAAUAGUAAUUCCCAAGCCACUAGACAAACCUAUUAGCCACCCAACUUCUUUGGUAACUGGUGCUACAUUUGGUGGGGAUAAAUCUCCUCUCCAUCCUGAGGAAAAACCAAAGUCGCCUGAGAAGAAAGACGAAAAGGUCCUAGCUAAACCAGACGACAGUUCCAAGUCGGUCGUUAAGACUGAUAAGCCCAUUCCUAAAGAAUAUUCGGACGAUGAAAAUGAUGACGAAAUAGAUUUUCCCAAGCCACUAGACAAACCUAUUAGCCACCCAACUUCUUUGGUAACUGGUGCUACAUUUGGUGGGGAUAAAUCUCCUCUCCAUCCUGAGGAAAAACCAAAGUCGCCUGAGAAGAAAGACGAAAAGGUCCUAGCUAAGCCAGACGACAGUUCCAAGUCGGUCGUUGAGACUGAUAAGCCCAGUCCUAAAGAAUAUUCGGACGAUGAAACUGAUGGCGAAAUAGAUUUUCCCAAGCCACUAGACAAACCUAUUAGCCACCCAACUUCUUUAGUAACUUCUGUAACGGGUAGUGGGGAUAAAUCUUCUCUCCAUCCCGAGGAAAAACCAAAGUCGCCUGAGAAGAAAGACGAAAAGGUCCUACCUAAACCAGACGACAGUUCCAAGUCGGUCGUUGAGACUGAUAAGCCCAGUCCUAAAGAAUAUUCGGACGAUGAAACUGAGGACGAAAUAGAAAUUCCCAAGCCACUAGACAAACCUGUUAGCCACCCAACUUCUUUGCUAACUGGUGUUACAUUUGGUGGGGAUAAAUCUCCUCUCCAUCCUGAGGAAAAACCAAAGUCGCCUGAGAAGAAAGACGAAAAGGUCCUAGCUAAACCAGACGACAGUUCCAAGUCGGUCGUUGAGACUGAUAAGCCCAUUCCUAAAGAAUAUUCGGACGAUGAAACUGAUGAAGAAAUAGAAAUUCCCAAGCCACUAGACAAACCUAUUAGCCACCCAACUUCUUUGGUAACUGGUGCUACAUUUGGUGGGGAUAAAUCUCCUCUCCAUCCUGAGGAAAAACCAAAGUCGCCUGAGAAGAAAGACGAAAAGGUCCUAGCUAAACCAGACGACAGUUCCAAGUCGGUCGUUAAGACUGAUAAGCCCAUUCCUAAAGAAUAUUCGGACGAUGAAAAUGAUGACGAAAUAGAUUUUCCCAAGCCACUAGACAAACCUAUUAGCCACCCAACUUCUUUGGUAACUGGUGCUACAUUUGGUGGGGAUAAAUCUCCUCUCCAUCCUGAGGAAAAACCAAAGUCGCCUGAGAAGAAAGACGAAAAGGUCCUAGCUAAGCCAGACGACAGUUCCAAGUCGGUCGUUGAGACUGAUAAGCCCAGUCCUAAAGAAUAUUCGGACGAUGAAACUGAUGGCGAAAUAGAUUUUCCCAAGCCACUAGACAAACCUAUUAGCCACCCAACUUCUUUAGUAACUUCUGUAACGGGUAGUGGGGAUAAAUCUUCUCUCCAUCCCGAGGAAAAACCAAAGUCGCCUGAGAAGAAAGACGAAAAGGUCCUACCUAAACCAGACGACAGUUCCAAGUCGGUCGUUGAGACUGAUAAGCCCAUUCCUAAAGAAUAUUCGGACGAUGAAACUGAUGAAGAAAUAGAAAUUCCCAAGCCACUAGACAAACCUAUUAGCCACCCAACUUCUUUGGUAACUGGUGUUACAUUUGAUGGGGAUAAAUCUCCUCUCCAUCCUGAGGAAAAACCAAAGUCGCCUGAGAAGAAAGACGAAAAGGUCCUAGCUAAACCAGACGACAGUUCCAAGUCGGUCGUUGAGACUGAUAAGCCCAGUCCUAAAGAAUAUUCGGACGAUGAAACUGAUGACGAAAUAGAAAUUCCCAAGCCACUAGACAAACCUAUUAGCCACCCAACUUCUUUGGUAACUGGUGUUACAUUUGGUGGGGAUAAAUCUCCUCUCCAUCCUGAGGAAAAACCAAAGUCGCCUGAGAAGAAAGACGAAAAGGUCCUAGCUAAACCAGACGACAGUUCCAAGUCGGUCGUUGAGACUGAUAAGCCCAGUCCUAAAGAAUAUUCGGACGAUGAAACUGAUGACGAAAUAGAAAUUCCCAAGCCACUAGACAAACCUAUUAGCCACCCAACUUCUUUGGUAACUGGUGUUACAUUUGGUGGGGAUAAAUCUCCUCUCCAUCCUGAGGAAAAACCAAAGUCGCCUGAGAAGAAAGACGAAAAGGUCCUAGCUAAACCAGACGACAGUUCCAAGUCGGUCGUUAAGACUGAUAAGUCCACUCCUAAAGAAUAUUCGGACGAUGAAACUGAUGACGAAAUAGAAAUUCCCAAGCCACUAGACAAACCUAUUAGCCACCCAACUUCUUUGGUAACUGGUGUUACAUUUGGUGGGGAUAAAUCUCCUCUCCAUCCUGAGGAAAAACCAAAGUCGCCUGAGAAGAAAGACGAAAAGGUCCUAGCUAAACCAGACGACAGUUCCAAGUCGGUCGUUGAGACUGAUAAGCCCAGUCCUAAAGAAUAUUCGGACGAUGAAACUGAUGACGAAAUAGAAAUUCCCAAGCCACUAGACAAACCUAUUAGCCACCAAACUUCUUUGGUAACUGGUGUUACAUUUGGUGGGGAUAAAUCUCCUCUCCAUCCUGAGGAAAAACCAAAGUCGCCUGAGAAGAAAGACGAAAAGGUCCUAGCUAAACCAGACGACAGUUCCAAGUCGGUCGUUAAGACUGAUAAGUCCACUCCUAAAGAAUAUUCGGACGAUGAAACUGAUGACGAAAUAGAUUUUCCCAAGCCACUAGACAAACCUAUUAGCCACCCAACUUCUUUGGUAACUGGUGUUACAUUUGGUGGGGAUAAAUCUCCUCUCCAUCCUGAGGAAAAACCAAAGUCGCCUGAGAAGAAAGACGAAAAGGUCCUAGCUAAACCAGACGACAGUUCCAAGUCGGUCGUUGAGACUGAUAAGCCCAUUCCUAAAGAAUAUUCGGACGAUGAAACUGAUGAAGAAAUAGAAAUUCCCAAGCCACUAGACAAACCUAUUAGCCACCCAACUUCUUUGGUAACUUCUGUAACGGGUAGUGGGGAUAAAUCUCCUUCUUUGGUAACUUCUUUGGUAACUUCUGUAACGGGUAGUGGGGAUAAAUCUCCUCUCCAUCCUGAGGAGAAACCAAAGUCGCCUGAGAAAAAAGACGAAAAGGUCCUAGCUAAACCAGACGACAGUUCCAAAUCGGUUGUUAAGACGGAUAAGCCCAGUUCUAAAGAAUAUUCAGACGAUGAAACUGAGGACGAAAUAGUAAUUCCCAAGCCACUGGACAAACCUAUUAGCCACCCAACUUCUUUGGUAACUGGUGUUACAUUUGGUGGGGAUAAAUCUCCUCUCCAUCCUGAGGAAAAACCAAAGUCGCCUGAGAAGAAAGACGAAAAGGUCCUUGCUAAACCAGACGACAGUUCCAAGUCGGUCGUUGAGACUGAUAAGCCCAGUCCUAAAGAAUAUUCGGACGAUGAAACUGAGGACGAAAUAGAAAUUCCCAAGCCACUAGACAAACCUGUUAGCCACCCAACUUCUUUGCUAACUGGUGUUACAUUUGGUGGGGAUAAAUCUCCUCUCCAUCCUGAGGAAAAACCAAAGUCGCCUGAGAAGAAAGACGAAAAGGUCCUAGCUAAACAAGACGACAGAUCCAAGUCGGUCGUUGAGACUGAUAAGCCCAUUCCUAAAGAAUAUUCGGACGAUGAAACUGAUGACGAAAUAGAAAUUCCCAAGCCACUAGACAAACCUAUUAGCCACCCAACUUCUUUGGUAACUGGUGUUACAUUUGGUGGGGAUAAAUCUCCUCUCCAUCCUGAGGAAAAACCAAAGUCGCCUGAGAAGAAAGACGAAAAGGUCCUUGCUAAACCAGACGACAGAUCCAAGUCGGUCGUUGAGACUGAUAAGCCCAUUCCUAAAGAAUAUUCGGACGAUGAAACUGAUGACGAAAUAGAAAUUCCCAAGCCACUAGACAAACCUAUUAGCCACCCAACUUCUUUGGUAACUGGUGUUACAUUUGGUGGGGAUGGAUCUCCUCUCCAUCCUGAGGAAAAACCAAAGUCGCCUGAGAAGAAAGACGAAAAGGUCCUAGCUAAACCAGACGACAGUUCCAAGUCGGUCGUUGAGACCGAUAAGCCCAGUCCUAAAGAAUAUUCGGACGAUGAAACUGAUGACGAAAUAGAUAUUCCCAAGCCACUAGACAAACCUAUUAGUCACCCAACUUCUUUGGUAACUUCUGUAACGGGUAGUGGGGAUAAAUCUUCUCUCCAUCCCGAGGAAAAACCAAAGUCGCCUGAGAAGAAAGACGAAAAGGUCCUAGCUAAACCAGACGACAGUUCCAAGUCGGUCGUUGAGACUGAUAAGCCCAUUCCUAAAGAAUAUUCGGACGAUGAAACUGAUGACGAAAUAGAAAUUCCCAAGCCACUAGACAAACCUAUUAGCCACCCAACUUCUUUGGUAACUGGUGUUACAUUUGGUGGGGAUAAAUCUCCUCUCCAUCCUGAGGAAAAACCAAAGUCGCCUGAGAAGAAAGACGAAAAGGUCCUUGCUAAACCAGACGACAGUUCCAAGUCGGUCGUUGAGACUGAUAAGCCCAGUCCUAAAGAAUAUUCGGACGAUGAAACUGAGGACGAAAUAGAAAUUCCCAAGCCACUAGACAAACCUGUUAGCCACCCAACUUCUUUGCUAACUGGUGUUACAUUUGGUGGGGAUAAAUCUCCUCUCCAGCCUGAGGAAAAACCAAAGUCGCCUGAGAAGAAAGACGAAAAGGUCCUUGCUAAACCAGACGACAGUUCCAAGUCGGUCGUUGAGACUGAUAAGCCCAGUCCUAAAGAAUAUUCGGACGAUGAAACUGAUGACGAAAUAGAAAUUCCCAAGCCACUAGACAAACCUUUUAGCCACCCAACUUCUUUGGUAACUGGUGUUACAUUUGAUGGGGAUAAAUCUCCUCUCCAUCCUGAGGAAAAACCAAAGUCGCCUGAGAAGAAAGACGAAAAGGUCCUAGCUAAACCAGACGACAGUUCCAAGUCGGUCGUUGAGACUGAUAAGCCCAGUCCUAAAGAAUAUUCGGACGAUGAAACUGAUGACGAAAUAGAAAUUCCCAAGCCACUAGACAAACCUAUUAGCCACCCAACUUCUUUGGUAACUUCUGUAACGGGUAGUGGGGAUAAAUCUCCUCUCCAUCCUGAGGAAAAACCAAAGUCGCCUGAGAAGAAAGACGAAAAGGUCCUAGCUAAACCAGACGACAGUUCCAAGUCGGUCGUUGAGACUGAUAAGCCCAGUCCUAAAGAAUAUUCGGACGAUGAAACUGAUGACGAAAUAGAUUUUCCCAAGCCACUAGACAAACCUAUUAGCCACCCAACUUCUUUAGUAACUGGUGUUACAUUUGGUGUGGAUAAAUCUCCUCUCCAUCCUGAGGAAAAACCAAAGUCGCCUGAGAAGAAAGACGAAAAGGUCCUAGCUAAACCAGACGACAGUUCCAAGUCGGUCGUUAAGACUGAUAAGCCCAUUCCUAAAGAAUAUUCGGACGAUGAAACUGAUGACGAAAUAGAAAUUCCCAAGCCACUAGACAAACCUAUUAGCCACCCAACUUCUUUGGUAACUUCUGUAACGGGUAGUGGGGAUAAAUCUCCUCUCCAUCCUGAGGAAAAACCAAAGUCGCCUGAGAAGAAAGACGAAAAGGUCCUAGCUAAACCAGACGACAGUUCCAAGUCGGUCGUUGAGACUGAUAAGCCCAGUCCUAAAGAAUAUUCGGACGAUGAAACUGAUGACGAAAUAGAAAUUCCCAAGCCACUAGACAAACCUAUUAGCCACCCAACUUCUUUGGUAACUGGUGUUACAUUUGAUGUGGAUAAAUCUCCUCUCCAUCCUGAGGAAAAACCAAAGUCGCCUGACAAGAAAGACGAAAAGGUCCUAGCUAAACCAGACGACAGUUCCAAGUCGGUCGUUGAGACUGAUAAGCCCAGUCCUAAAGAAUAUUCGGACGAUGAAACUGAUGACGAAAUAGAAAUUCCCAAGCCACUAGACAAACCUAUUAGCCACCCAACUUCUUUGGUAACUGGUGUUACAUUUGGUGGGGAUAAAUCUCCUCUCCAUCCUGAGGAAAAACCAAAGUCGCCUGAGAAGAAAGACGAAAAGGUCCUAGCUAAACCAGACGACAGUUCCAAGUCGGUCGUUGAGACUGAUAAGCCCAGUCCUAAAGAAUAUUCGGACGAUGAAACUGAUGACGAAAUAGAAAUUCCCAAGCCACUAGACAAACCUAUUAGCCACCCAACUUCUUUGGUAACUGGUGUUACAUUUGGUGGGGAUAAAUCUCCUCUCCAUCCUGAGGAAAAACCAAAGUCGCCUGAGAAGAAAGACGAAAAGGUCCUAGCUAAACCAGACGACAGUUCCAAGUCGGUCGUUAAGACUGAUAAGUCCACUCCUAAAGAAUAUUCGGACGAUGAAACUGAUGACGAAAUAGAUUUUCCCAAGCCACUAGACAAACCUAUUAGCCACCCAACUUCUUUGGUAACUGGUGUUACAUUUGGUGGGGAUAAAUCUCCUCUCCAUCCUGAGGAAAAACCAAAGUCGCCUGAGAAGAAAGACGAAAAGGUCCUAGCUAAACCAGACGACAGUUCCAAGUCGGUCGUUGAGACUGAUAAGCCCAGUCCUAAAGAAUAUUCGGACGAUGAAACUGAUGACGAAAUAGAAAUUCCCAAGCCACUAGACAAACCUAUUAGCCACCCAUCUUCUUUGGUAACUGGUGUUACAUUUGGUGGGGAUAAAUCUCCUCUCCAUCCUGAGGAAAAAACAAAGUCGCCUGAGAAGAAAGACGAAAAGGUCCUAGCUAAACCAGACGACAGUUCCAAGUCGGUCGUUGAGACUGAUAAGCCCAGUCCUAAAGAAUAUUCGGACGAUGAAACUGAUGACGAAAUAGAAAUUCCCAAGCCACUAGACAAACCUAUUAGCCACCCAUCUUCUUUGGUAACUGGUGUUACAUUUGGUGGGGAUAAAUCUCCUCUCCAUCCUGAGGAAAAACCAAAGUCGCCUGAGAAGAAAGACGAAAAGGUCCUAGCUAAACCAGGCGGCAGUUCCAAGUCGGUCGUUGAGACCGAUAAGCCCAGUCCUAAAGAAUAUUCGGACGAUGAAACUGAUGACGAAAUAGAUAUUCCCAAGCCACUAGACAAACCUAUUAGUCACCCAACUUCUUUGGUAACUUCUGUAACGGGUAGUGGGGAUAAAUCUUCUCUCCAUCCCGAGGAAAAACCAAAGUCGCCUGAGAAGAAAGACGAAAAGGUCCUAGCUAAACCAGACGACAGUUCCAAGUCGGUCGUUGAGACUGAUAAGCCCAGUCCUAAAGAAUAUUCGGACGAUGAAACUGAUGACGAAAUAGAAAUUCCCAAGCCACUAGACAAACCUAUUAGCCACCCAUCUUCUUUGGUAACUGGUGUUACAUUUGGUGGGGAUAAAUCUCCUCUCCAUCCUGAGGAAAAAACAAAGUCGCCUGAGAAGAAAGACGAAAAGGUCCUAGCUAAACCAGACGACAGUUCCAAGUCGGUCGUUGAGACUGAUAAGCCCAGUCCUAAAGAAUAUUCGGACGAUGAAACGGAUGACGAAAUAGAAAUUCCCAAGCCACUAGACAAACCUAUUAGCCACCCAUCUUCUUUGGUAACUGGUGUUAUAUUUGGUGGGGAUAAAUCUCCUCUCCAUCCUGAGGAAAAACCAAAGUCGCCUGAGAAGAAAGACGAAAAGGUCCUAGCUAAACCAGGCGGCAGUUCCAAGUCGGUCGUUGAGACCGAUAAGCCCAGUCCUAAAGAAUAUUCGGACGAUGAAACUGAUGACGAAAUAGAUAUUCCCAAGCCACUAGACAAACCUAUUAGUCACCCAACUUCUUUGGUAACUUCUGUAACGGGUAGUGGGGAUAAAUCUUCUCUCCAUCCCGAGGAAAAACCAAAGUCGCCUGAGAAGAAAGACGAAAAGGUCCUAGCUAAACCAGACGACAGUUCCAAGUCGGUCGUUGAGACUGAUAAGCCCAGUCCUAAAGAAUAUUCGGACGAUGAAACUGAUGACGAAAUAGAAAUUCCCAAGCCACUAGACAAACCUAUUAGCCACCCAACUUCUUUGGUAACUGGUGUUACAUUUGGUGGGGAUAAAUCUCCUCUCCAUCCUGAGGAAAAACCAAAGUCGCCUGAGAAGAAAGACGAAAAGGUCCUAGCUAAACCAGACGACAGUUCCAAGUCGGUCGUUGAGACUGAUAAGCCCAGUCCUAAAGAAUAUUCGGACGAUGAAACUGAUGACGAAAUAGAAAUUCCCAAGCCACUAGACAAACCUAUUAGCCACCCAACUUCUUUGGUAACUGGUGUUACAUUUGGUGGGGAUAAAUCUCCUCUCCAUCCUGAGGAAAAACCAAAGUCGCCUGAGAAGAAAGACGAAAAGGUCCUAGCUAAACCAGACGACAGUUCCAAGUCGGUCGUUGAGACUGAUAAGCCCAGUCCUAAAGAAUAUUCGGACGAUGAAACUGAUGACGAAAUAGAAAUUUCCAAGCCACUAGACAAACCUAUUAGCCACCCAACUUCUUUGGUAACUUCUGUAACGGGUAGUGGGGAUAAAUCUCCUCUCCAUCCUGAGGAAAAACCAAAGUCGCCUGAGAAGAAAGACGAAAAGGUCCUAGCUAAACCAGACGACAGUUCCAAGUCGGUCGUUGAGACUGAUAAGCCCAGUCCUAAAGAAUAUUCGGACGAUGAAACUGAUGACGAAAUAGAUUUUCCCAAGCCACUAGACAAACCUAUGAGCCACCCAACUUCUUUAGUAACUGGUGUUACAUUUGGUGUGGAUAAAUCUCCUCUCCAUCCUGAGGAAAAACCAAAGUCGCCUGAGAAGAAAGACGAAAAGGUCCUAGCUAAACCAGACGACAGUUCCAAGUCGGUCGUUGAGACUGAUAAGCCCAGUCCUAAAGAAUAUUCGGACGAUGAAACUGAUGACGAAAUAGAAAUUCCCAAGCCACUAGACAAACCUAUUAGCCACCCAACUUCUUUGGUAACUGGUGUUACAUUUGAUGGGGAUAAAUCUCCUCUCCAUCCUGAGGAAAAACCAAAGUCGCCUGAGAAGAAAGACGAAAAGGUCCUUGCUAAACCAGACGACAGUUCCAAGUCGGUCGUUGAGACUGAUAAGCCCAUUCCUAAAGAAUAUUCGGACGAUGAAACUGAUGACGAAAUAGAAAUUCCCAAGCCACUAGACAAACCUAUUAGCCACCCAACUUCUUUGGUAACUGGUGUUACAUUUGGUGGGGAUAAAUCUCCUCUCCAUCCUGAGGACGAUGAAACUGAUGACGAAAUAGAAAUUCCCAAGCCACUAGACAAACCUAUUAGCCACCCAACUUCUUUGGUAACUGGUGUUACAUUUGGUGGGGAUAAAUCUCCUCUCCAUCCUGAGGAAAAACCAAAGUCGCCGGAGAAGAAAGACGAAAAGGUCCUUGCUAAACCAGACGACAGUUCCAAGUCGGUCGUUGAGACUGAUAAGCGCAGUCCUAAAGAAUAUUCGGACGAUGAAACUGAUGACGAAAUAGAAAUUCCCAAGCCACUAGACAAACCUAUUAGCCACCCAACUUCUUUGGUAACUGGUGUUACAUUUGGUGGGGAUAAAUCUCCUCUCCAUCCUGAGGAAAAACCAAAGUCGCCGGAGAAGAAAGACGAAAAGGUCCUUGCUAAACCAGACGACAGUUCCAAGUCGGUCGUUGAGACUGAUAAGCGCAGUCCUAAAGAAUAUUCGGACGAUGAAACUGAUGACGAAAUAGAAAUUCCCAAGCCACUAGACAAACCUAUUAGCCACCCAACUUCUUUGGUAACUGGUGUUACAUUUGGUGGGGAUAAAUCUCCUCUCCAUCCUGAGGAAAAACCAAAGUCGCCUGAGAAGAAAGACGAAAAGGUCCUAGCUAAACCAGACAACAGUUCCAAGUCAUUCACUGAAACUGAUAAGCCCAGUCCCAAAGAACAUUCGGACGGUGGACGGAAGGGAACCGGUUUGUCUAGCAUAUGUCUCAAGAAAAUUACACCUUUUAUGACAGAGGAAAUUACAACCUCAAUUCAAACCAACUUUAAAUCAGCAAGCUCUAUUAGAGCAACGCUUGAUACACAGAUAUCUAAUCCAACAUCCGAGCCAGGUCAGAAGACUUUAUCGGUAACUCCUUUAAUAGACGAUCAGGGUAUUUCUCAGCAUCCUGGGGAAAAAUUAAAAACAAUCAGCCCCAUUGCACAGAAAUUUGAGACUCAGCAAAGCUAUCUAGAUCAUCAUGUAGGAGUUGAUUUGGUUUCUGAUAUCAAAGAAAAUAGGUCUGUUCAACAGAUUGUGGAGGAUACUAUAAGGGCUGGUGAUGCUGAAGUUCAAAAAAUUGUUGACGAAACACUAAAGAGUGUUCAGAAAACGAGAGAUAUUAAGGAACAGGUUGUAGAUGAAGGUCGUUCCGUUGAACAAAUAGUUGAAGAUACACUUAAGAAUGCAAAGUAUAUUCCUAAUAUUUCCAAGGAAGAUAAACUUUAUUGCCCACAGCUAAAAGAAACUGAUGCACAAGAAGUUCGUCCCGUUGCUUACUUUGUAAAUUUAGACGAUGAAAAAAAAUCGUUAGACCCAGUUAAAAAGGUACCAGUUAGAUCACAAACGAAAAAAAUAAUUAAGUCAGAGACGGGGAAAAUAUUAGAUGGGGCCUCUGCAAAACCAAUGAAUAAGUCAACCAUUAGCAAAAGAACACUCACGGUUAGGGAAAAGCCUAAGCCCAAGCCAGUUUCUCCAGCAAAGACGACAAUUGUCAAACAAACUCCGAGUAGAAAAACAAUAAACACUGACAAAUCAAAACUAUCAAAUAAGACCGAGUCACGACGUUCAGUCACAAGCUCUACUUCAACAACUACCAGUUCAGCUUCCGCUACUAGUCGUGUGAUAAGUGAAAUACACUUCGAGAGAUCAUCAAGUCCUGCCUCGAGUUCCAUUUUCUACGAAAGCCAACCACAAGGUGAAGGCAGUCGUUCUACCACCCCAAGACCUAGGGUUAAAACUGAUGUGACGCGAAUACCUUACAAUACCUCACCCCGAUCGUUUAGUCCACAGUUAAAGACCACAAAGACAGAUAAGAAAACCGUAAACCAAACUAAAACAACUGCCACUCGAUCUAUCAAAGAGCUUACAGAAAAGAGUUCCAAAAAGACUGAGCGAUUUGCCAGCCAAGAGCACGUUGAGAAGCGGAAAACUCCGACACCGUCUGCCACCCACAGAUACAUGCAACCCACCCUGGCCCACAGCAUGAGGUACGGAUUGAGUGGCGAUGGCGACAUUGGCCAGAAUGUCACCUUGACAUCUCCAAAGUCGCCGGCACCACCCAAAUCGCCAACUCCGGCCCUAACUAAAAGUACUCGAAGAACACAAACUAUAACAAGUGCCUUGACAAAGUCCACAUCCCAAAUAACGAAACAAAAAAACUCGAUUGCUGAAAUGAAACAAGCACAGCCCCGUUCCCAGAUUAAGAGAGGCUCACAGAGCGAUAGCAAGGAAUCCCUAAUAAAAAGCACCGAUCGCCUAUACAAACGACAAACAUCCAAGGAAAAUAAACUAGCAAACGUGAUAGGCUCCAAGAGCCAAGCAACCAAAAGCAUGAAGACACAAUCAGCUAAUUCAGCCAAGAAACUUGUCUCCAAAACUUCCAUAGAAACCGACAACAAGCUUCUGAAGAAGACCACAGCCACUAUACAGCGCACUAAAGUUCCGAUUAGCGUGUCUUCCAGCGCAAGGACUGCAGCAAAGCUAAGCAAGAGUGAUGACACCGUAAAGAGACCUCAGGUAGACAAUAAGAAACCAGUAAAGCGAACGGUAAGCAAAGUAAGUGAAUCCAGUGGCACCACGACCACUACAACUACAUCGACCAGAAUUGUGGCGAAGUCCAUGGAACCAAAGCUGCAAAAGAAGAUGAAGGACACGAUGAACGAGUCCAGUUCGAACUCGGGAAGCGGCACCACCAGUGCCAGCGGUUCUUCAAAUAGUACGCGACGAAGUGUGCGAUCCGUUAGCACGGUUAGUCGAAAAACGGAUAAGGACUUGACCAACAUCCGGCGAGCAAGUGGAGCAGUUGUUUCGACAUCGACCGUACGGGUGCAUCGGGAACCAACAGCAACCACCAGCGCUGUUAGCACCGUGCUCGUUGAUGACGACUGUGAGGUGAUAACCAUACGUUCCAUUAAAUCAAGCGAUAGUACAAAAAGUUCUACCUCAUCAUCCUCCGGUAGCGGCAGCAACAGUCGCAAGGUGCUAACCAGCGAGGUGUUCACUAAAACCUUCGGCCCCGACAAACCGCUCGAGGUGGUCUACCGACAGCCAGAGUUUGAUGUAGAACACCACACGAUCAUGUCUGUGCGUCCACCCUCCGCGACAAGCAGCGAUCAGCAGAGGUGCAUUAACGAGUUCGAUGUCAGUUUCAUCGACACCACCGACUCCAGUCUUUCGGACUCCGUUGCCUUACCCAUGUUAGGCUCCGGUGAUCCUGAUCGUCUGCUGGCCGCAAGUCCCGGCUCGCCCAAGCCCACCCGCAGUCCCCUGGCCCUUAUUGAGGAGACCCUCCGUCGCCAGCAACAACAUCACCAUCAUCAGCAACACCACCACCACAGUAGCGGUGCUAUUGCUGCUGCCCUUGAUCCUUCUCUGUCGAUGCCAGUGGCUUUUGGAGAGAGUCACCUGGAGGCGGAGGUAGAGGUGGAGAAGGGCAGCAUUUCCAAAGAAACCCUUCACGAAAGAAAAGUAGAACUAUCCAAUCUGGAUACCGAAAAGAUCUCACAUGAAAUUGGUGAUGUUAAAGUUGGUGGUGGUGAUGAUGAUAGUGAUGGCGAUAGUGGAGAUUUUGUGGCACGCAUUCGCGAGGAAGCCAAUAUUCUGGUGGAUCGCGUACUUGAAGAAAGUGUCGAGAUCAUUGAGAGUCAAGGCCAUCAGGCCAAUGGCCACGAGAUCGCUAAACUGGACUACAACUCAGAAAGUGAGAAUUAUGCCAUCACAUGCGAUGAUAUCGGCGGCGUCGAUGUUAUCAAAUCGCCCACCAUUGAAUCCAUGUCGGGCAAGUCGUUUGACGACAACAUGAGCUUCACCGACGAGCAUAUACAUUUACCCUUGCAUGCCCAGAACACGAGCACCACCAUGACAACGACAAUUACCACUCAGUUCCAACAGCAGCAGUCCCAGUCUGCUGUCUCAAGUACAUCGGCGGCAAAAGAUCCGGUUGCAGUUCUCGAAUCCGUACCCGUAUCAUUUCCAGUAGCGAGUAGUCGAAAUCAGACUGAAGACGAGAGUGAAACGCGAGCCAGGCGCAUUGAUCAUAAGAUCGAGAAACUAUCCACGGACAUGGACGAUGUAAGCGCCAGGUUCGAUGAGGCGUUUGAGAUGUCGGUGCCCGAGGACGAGAUCAGCGCCCUACAGGGUGACUUUUCCAAACUUAGCUGGGACGAAAGCGUUUCGCCCACGACCAACACCAUGGCCGAUAUGGCACAAAACCAAAUAACUCCCGAUAACGAUAUUCAAGAUCUCAUCGCAGAAACAGGCGGCGAUUUACCAAACUCAAGUGAAACCGAUACCACUCCCGUACCACCGUCGAAAGAAUCGGAAAGCAAAACCGAAACUGAGCCGACGGUAGUAACCAAUGCAUUCACUACCACCAGCCACGAUACACCCACACCAAAACCAAGAGUACUCAAAGCAAGCUCCCCCGUCUCCGAAGGCACUGAUAGCACUACCAUUCCUGGCCCUGUGCCCAAGCCCGAAAUACCGAUUGAUAUUAGUUUCGAUGCCAACGCACCGGUACCAAAGCCGCGUGCCCCUAUUAAGCACACGGAACCUUUCGAAAACCUGGCUGCCCUAGCUGAACAGUCCGAUAGCAUUAGUCUGAGGAGUUUUGAGCUCACAGAGGACAUUUCCAAAACGGACGAGCCCUCCACAGAGCUCUCCAUUCGAUCCCAGCUUCGGGACAUAGUCACCACCACCACUGUUUCGGAGGAUCACACCGAAAGCUUUGAGCCAACGAGUGAGAUUUCUGUCGAUGAUGCCGACACUGAAAAGUCAGAGGGUGCCGAAAAGACCACUAGCUUUUAUAUUGGGGAAUCAAGUCGUAAUGUUAUCAUCAAGACCUCGACGAGAUCUGCAAGUGUUACACCGCAAGAGGAGGAAGCUCAGGGCGAAAUUGGAAUUGAUGCUAAGGAUAUUUCCCUAAUGAAGGAGGUAUCUGUUGACUCUGACGAAGCCAACGAUGUUUUCAAAGAGUUUAUCACGAUGAAGCCAGAAGAUCCUAUUGCAAUGGACAGCAAGAUAACCAGACAAGGCUCGGAAACUCGAAAUGACAUACUUGAAUUUGAGAAUGCUGAUAAGGACAAGACUGCAGAGCAAAAGCUCUCCAAGGUAACGACCGAGGAGAGCUUGACCACAUCCACCGGAUCCAGCGGUCGAGCCAUCAUCGAAAUAGCUCCUUCCAGCAGCGAAGAUCCUGAUGAGUCCAGUAAGGAAAUUCCGGAAAUUGUAAAUACAAUCUCAGAGAAGGCAGCUGCAUCUGAUAAUUUUGAAUUGCCCUUAGAAAAAAGUGAGUGGGAAACAUCAGAAAAAGAAAUCCCAACUGAGGGCAAACCAAAAGUAGUUCACUCGCCUCAACAACCCCAAGAAGCCAGCAUGAAGAGUACGCUCGAUAGGUUUCACGUAGAUGAAAUUCUUGCCGAAGAACAGGUAACAGACGAACACUCCAGUAGUGAUCACAAGUCGUUUAAGGACCAGACUCCUUCAGAACUUGGAUCGAGUACCGUGCCUCAGGAAUACACUUUUGCUGUUGAGAGCGAGGACAUCUCAUCAUUCAUAGGCAUACCAGAAGCAAGUAUGCAGACCUCCACUUUGGAUAGUACACAGCCUCCAGAGGGUCUGUUCGACACCACAAUCAAGGAGACCCUCAAUAAACAAGCUGCAAUGGCCCAUUAUGCCCAAGAUGUCUUUGGCAGAGGGGAAAGACGCGAUGACCACGGCUCACUAGGUUUCAUUUCCACCGGCACAGCCGAAGAGUUGAGCUCCAUGGAAGAGCACAUGGCAAAGGAGGAACAAGCCUCAUUGGGCUUCAUUUCCACUGAAACCGCCGAGGAUUUCAGCUCCAUGGAAGAUUAUUAUUCCGAGAAAUUGGCUAUCGCAAGUGUUGUUGCUGAUGAGGUUGCAACCGAAAAGUCCUUAACAACUAGCACUUUUGAAGAGCUUUCGUCUGAUCAAUCCAUGAAACCAAUUGAUGUUGUGGUUCAUCGACUUAAAACCGAGACAUCGCCGGAUUCCAUUAACCGUUGGUCUAUUCCCGAUGUAGACACCUCCAGCUCAAGCGAGAGCUUCCACAGAAGCUUCGACAAGACUCAAAGUCGACCCUUGUCCUCAGACUUGGAUAAUCUUGUGACCACCACAGGCACUGGUACCUCAAGUGAUUAUCAAACCGCUCGGGAAUUUACCACCACUGGACGCACGGAAGGAACCGAAUAUAUUAGUGCAGUCAGCACCCUCGGAAGCAGUAGCUUAGAUUCACAGUCGGAGACUUCGGCCAAUUUGGCCAGCAUUGAUGUAUCCGAGCUGUCGGAGACAUUGGUGGCCUCCUCUGCCGAAGUCGAUGCUUUUGAAGCCGAAGAGAUGUCGCGCCUGCGCGAUCUUCGAGCCGAUGACGAGGACAGUGAUGAGAGUGUAGAGCUUCCGGGAACUGCUGGCUAUCCAAGCAUCGAACAGCAAAGCCUCAUGAAGCGCUCCCAGGAAAUGAUUUUCAAGCCAAAAACUCUGGACGAUGAGCCCUUGGCCGUGCAGGUUGCGCAAAUCGAAGAAUAUCCCAAGCCAAAGGAAGCAGAGCGCACAUGGGGCCUGGCCUAUCCUUUGGAGGACAGCAAAGUGGAUAGUCCACGGGAAAGUGAAAAAGGCGAGGACAUUCUGUUGUAUCACGGAGAUCCACGUCGAUCCAUUGACGAGUCUAAGUUGGCCUCUAGCCUAGACGAAGGCAGUAUUCUUUCCGUUAGCAUGUCAAGCACAUCCAACAUUGAUACCGUUGUAGAGAACUUUGAUGAUAUUAUUGGAUCCGCCGGAUCCUCUUCAUUGACCGGUAUCGAGGGUUUCCAGUACGGCCAUGACGAGUCUAUUCCAUCUGCCUCAGUGCCCGAAGAUGCCACAUUCAUGCUGGAAAUGGAGAGCAAGGAACAUUCACCGCAGGAUUCUAAUGCCAGUACUCCUCCGGGAGGGGAAUCAAAACGCCGGGGUCACAAGCGAAAUGAGAGCAUUUCGGGAGAUGCCUUAAAAAACUUGGACAAGGAGGUUGCAUUGCUGGGCGAAGGAAAGGAGUCAGAAAGCGAAUCUGACACGGAUCCCUAUGAAUCGGAAUAUGCCCGCCAGUUCCGUUCACCCAAAGAACGAAAGAGCAAAAAGAAGAAGCAGGCGGCAGCCGAAAUGGAUCAUAGCGGCGAACUGGAAAAGCGUCCAUUUACACCAUCCCAGUUGGUAGCCGAGGUUAUCGUGGAGGACAGUAUCACAGAGGAACUAGAGGCAGAGGCAGCGAUGAUCGAGGAGCGUCGCCCUUCCCAGAAUAUGCAGGACUAUUCAAACAUUCCCGACAUAAUGGUCACGGAGGACAUCAAAUCGCCCAUCCUCGAGGAAGAGACCGACGAGUUUCCCGAAAAGAUGCUCUACAAAGUGCGCACCGAGGAGGAAUUGCACAAGGCAAGCGACACCUCGGUAUAUCAGAAGGCAAAGGCCGAGGAGAAGGAGCAGGACUUUCAACGACGAGUGCAGGAACAAUACCGUCAGAAGCUCGAGGAACUAAAGCGCGCUGAAGUUGGAGCCGAAUACGACGAUCGCAAGGCUCCUGAUUCACCAGACUCCUUUGAAAUGGUCGAACAACCCGAUAUAUCGGAUGAAUUCGUUAUUAUCGAGGAGGUGGCCAAGGAGGCCAACGAAGUAGAUCUGGGCGGUCAGAGCAUUAAGAUUAAGCCAGUUAAGUACGAGCAAAAGCACGACGAGGAUGUUGAGAAGAUCAUCAUCAAGUCAGCGCCUGCGGAUCCCAAGCUCGGAUCACAGCUUUACAAGGAUGACCUGAACUUUGAGUUCGAGGAAAGUCCUCCCACUGGAGCCAGCAGUAGUAGCGAGCAGCAGGAGGAGAGCGAUUCCAGUGAAACGGCAGCUGCCAACAAGCGCUGGGUUGAGAUGCAGUUGACCGACAACCAGCUGCGAUAUCCGUAUGAUUUAGCCGGAGCCGUGCUGGAGGACAUUAAAGAGGAAGACGGAGAGUUCGAGGUGGGCAGCAGCCGUAUCAGCAGCUUCAAGGAUUCCUUUUCGAGCACCCCCGAGUACGAUGUGGCGGCACGGCGCUAUCAUUCCCGUGGCGAGCACGACGAUGUCUCAAUGAGUAGUCUGCAGGAGUUUGAGUCUCUGGAGCAAGCCAUUUCCCUGGAGAACCGGAAUCGCACACACCAAGGUUCUACUGAUUCGAGCAAUGGAAGCUUCACCCGCCGAUAUGUGGUUCGUCACAGUGGCAGUGGAACUGCCCCCGGUGACGACGUAUCGGUCUCAAGCCUCAAGGACUUCGAAGGUCUCGAGAAUGCCUGCAUCGAAGCCCACCUGAUAGAGAUCAAGGCCAGGGAGGAAGCUGCUUUACUCUCGCGAUCUGAUGAGUCUAACAAAUCAAAUGGCAGCGAUAAAGGAGCCACCGGUAAUGUUGUGGUGACCAAGGUAACCCGCACAGUAACCCGCACCGAAGUGGUGCCCUCAAGUCAAGUAGAGAGCAUCGAAGCCCUGCUAAAGCAGAAGCUGGAGCGGGAAGAAGGAUCUGUUCAAGGAAGAGUCACCGACAUUGGCACCACUGAGCUGGAUACCAAGUCUAAGAUCGACAGCCAGGAUUCCGAAAAGGAUAGCAUCGAUAGCAUGGAGAUCAGCAAGAGUCAUGACAUGAUGACCAGCAGCAUCGAGAGCUUCGACAUCUCCAAGGACGCCACCACGAGAUCGGACGUUGAUUCCCUAGAGAUCGACAAGCGACACUCGCGACAGGAGAGCAUAGAAUCCUUCGGCGACGAGCAGUUGGAUCUCAUGACAAAGUUCGUUAGCGGCGGAGGAGUGACACUGGGUGAUGGACUGACCACCACCACGACCACGACUACCACCAGCACGGAUGCCGAUGGACACGAACACACGGUGACCAGGGUAAUAACCACAAUAACAAAUGUGGGCGGUGGCAUUCAGGAACUUCCAAUGGAUGAGUCCGGCAUGUCAAAGGACGUGUCGGUAGAUUCCCUAAACAUGUGCGUGGAGCAAACAACCAGUUCGGCUGGCACAACGGCCACCUACCAGACUAGCGCUGGUAACUCCCAGAUGUCCGGGAGCGUAACCAGCUGUGCGUCCAGCACUCUCAUGGAGGAUUCAUUCCCUGGUGUGGGUGGCAUGUCGUCGUCUCAAAUGUCGGCCAGUUUUUGGUCCCACGAUGAAUCAACGGUGGUCGAGGACGAAGGACGCGAUCUCGCCAAGAAGCCACAGCAGGGCCACUAAACGCUGGACGGGAUUAGGAGAGAGAAAGAGAAAAAGAAAGCGCGCGCGAAAGCGAGAGGGAGAAGAAAUGAGAUAUAUAAGAGAUGUCACACGUAAUCCCAUAUGAAAAUGGGGCUUGAACGGUGACUUAGAAUAUUUGGCUAGACAAGGCGCUCUUCUAGACGCAGCACCAAUAAAGGAAUCUCUGGACGAGGAACGCAUCUUUACCGGCUCUGAAAACAUCACCGAUUUCAACACACAGAUACACACACAUUUUUAAUGAUAUUGAAGUGCAUACACGAGUUUUUAAAGGCAAAUAUAUAUAUUUUAUAUAUUUAUAAAAACUAUAAAAUCGCAAACAUGAAUACGAAUAUGAAUAUAUGGCAAGCAUUAGCCGUUCAACGCAUUUUCUUAUUGGCUUUAAUGUUUAAAAAUUAAUAAAAGUUACGGCAAAAAAAAGGAAAUCUUUGUGCUAGGCGUUGUAAUGGUAUACACCUUUGCUUUUAAUUUGAUGUAGUUAUUAUAUAUGUACAUGUACGAAGGAUACUUAUUAUUAAAUGAAUCGCUUAUUAUUGUAGUUUAAUUUAAGCAAUUAUACAAACGCAUGUGAAAAAGGGGACGCAAUGAAAUAGUUGAAGCGUGGCAAGUGAAAUGCUUUUAAAGUCUCAUUUUUUUACAAGAACCAAGCAAAUUUUUUCGCUUGCAUAUUUUAACAGUGAAAUAUACAUAAAUAUACAAUCUGAAAACCAGUGCUUAGAUCAAAUUUAAAGCAUAUACAAACAAGAUAUGAAAUUAAUUCGCAUAGAAAUACAACAAAAACAGCCAUAAAGUGUAUCGCUAAUUUUCGUAAUGCACAUCUUGCGUGUACGAUUAUUCGUCAAAAAACCUACUUAUUGAAAGGAUUUAAACGUUUUAGCAUCACCACUGUAAUGGAAUAUGAAUAAAACUAAUAUUUGUGUUAAAAACAUACAAGAAAUAUU